CAAUACACUUAGUUUGCCAGCUCUUCAAGAGGUAUCUAAGGAGGCUGACAGGAGUUUGAUGGUCUCUCUUGCAGCCAGUGGCAGCUAAUGUGGUCUGAACCCUCUCUCUCUUUUUUUGCCAUUCACACACAGCACUUACUCUUCAAGCCUGCUGCUGCUGCCACUGCCUGAAAGGACCUGAAAUACCACACAGGGAAUUUUGAUUUCUUCUGGGGAACCGGGAAAAAAAAAAAAAAAAAAAAAAAAAGCAGGAAAACUCAUCUGGAGAUUGCGAAGAAGACAUACAGCAACAGCAAGAAGUGGCAAGCUCUUUCCGUCCUGAACGCCAAAAAACACCUAAUUUCUCUGCCAGGUGUAUGGGACUUAGAUUCUCCAAGCACUGCACUGAACUGUUAAAGGUAAACUAUGACCACUUUACUACUAGUGUUUGUGUGUUUGCGAGCCAUCACCGCGGCCACCUCUGUGGUGCUCUCAGACAGUAGUGAUGGCCUGGAAGUGAAGAUACCUGAGCAGUCUCCCCUGCGCGUUGCCCUGGGCAGCUCCCUGAACAUCCCCUGCUACUUCAACAUCCCGGAGGAGGAGGACACCAGUGCUCUGCUGACCCCGCGGAUCAAGUGGAGCAAGCUCUCCAACGGGACAGAAGUUGUCUUGCUCGUGGCCACCGGUGGGAAAAUCCGGCUCAACACGGAGUACAGGGAGGUGGUCUCCUUGCCCAAUUACCCCGCCAUCCCCACCGACGCCACCUUGGAAAUCAAGGCGCUGAGAUCCAACCACACCGGGAUUUAUCGCUGUGAAGUGAUGUACGGGAUUGAGGACAGGCAAGACACAAUAGAGGUCCUGGUGAAAGGCGUCGUGUUCCACUACAGAGCCAUCUCCACGAGGUACACCUUGAACUUCGAGAAGGCCAAGCAGGCCUGUAUCCAGAACAGCGCUGUCAUUGCUACCCCCGAGCAGCUGCAGGCUGCCUACGAGGACGGGUACGAGCAGUGCGAUGCCGGCUGGCUGGCUGACCAGACUGUCAGGUACCCCAUCCACCUGCCCCGGGAGCGCUGUUACGGCGACAAGGAUGAGUUUCCAGGAGUGAGGACCUACGGUGUCCGUGAGACUGAUGAAACCUAUGAUGUUUACUGCUAUGCAGAGCAAAUGCAAGGCAAAGUCUUCUACGCCACCUCCCCUGAGAAGUUCACCUUCCAGGAAGCAUUCGACAAGUGCCGCAGCCUGGGAGCGCGGCUGGCCACCACGGGGGAGCUGUACCUGGCCUGGAAGGAUGGCAUGGACAUGUGCAGCGCGGGCUGGCUGGCCGACCGCAGCGUCCGCUACCCCAUCUCCAGAGCACGGCCCAACUGCGGGGGCAACCUGGUGGGCGUGCGGACGGUGUACCUGUACGUCAACCAGACGGGGUACCCGCACCCCCACUCCCGCUACGAUGCCAUCUGCUACAGCGGUGAUGACUUUGAGGCUCUAGUCCCGGGGCAGUUCACCGACGAGGUGGGCAGCGAGCUGGGCAGUGCCUUCACCGUGCAGACCGUCACCCAGACUGAGGUGGAGCUGCCCCUGCCCCGCAACGCCACCGAGGAGGAGGCCCGCGGCAGCAUCGCGACCCUGGAGCCCAUGGAGAUCACCCCCGCUGCCACCGAGCUGUACGAGGGCUUCACCAGCUUCCCCGAUCUCCUCGCCACCAUUGCCACAGGAGAGACAGCAUCCCCUGGGGAGGAGAACGUGACCAGAGAGGAAGUCACGGAGGUGUGGGCUGUGCCCGAAGAGGUCACUACGUUGGGAUCAGUCACCACUGUCACCACCGAAAUGGCAGAGGUGAGCUCGGUGGAGGAGGCCAUAGGGGUGACAGCCACACCAGGGCUGGAGCCUGCCUCGGCGUUCACAGUGGAAGAUCAUCUUGUGCGAGUGACAGCAGCCCCUGAUGUCGCCCUCAUCCCCCGGCAGCCCAUUUCCCCCACCGGUGUGGUGUUUCACUACCGCGCCGCCACCAGCAGAUACGCCCUCUCCUUCGUGCAGGCCCAGCAGGCCUGCCUGCAGAACAACGCGGUUAUCGCCACCCCCGAGCAGCUCCAGGCUGCCUACGAGGCUGGCUUCGAUCAGUGCGAUGCCGGCUGGCUGCGGGACCAGACAGUCAGGUAUCCCAUCGUGAAUCCCCGCAGUAACUGUGUGGGAGACAAGGAGAGCUCUCCGGGCGUGCGGUCCUACGGCAUGCGCCCAGCCUCAGAGACCUACGACGUGUACUGCUACAUCGACAGGCUAAAGGGUGAGGUGUUCUUUGCCACCCAACCAGAGCAGUUCACCUUCCAAGAAGCCCAGCAGUACUGUGAGAGCCAAAAUGCCACCCUGGCCUCUGUUGGGCAGCUCCACGCUGCCUGGAAGCAGGGCCUGGAUAGAUGCUACCCGGGCUGGUUAGCCGAUGGCAGCCUGCGGUAUCCCAUCGUGAGCCCCCGGCCCGCCUGCGGGGGAGAUGCGCCCGGCGUCAGGACCAUCUACCAGCACUACAACCAGACGGGAUUUCCCAACCCGCUGUCACGGCAUCACGCCUUCUGCUUCAGAGCUCUGCCAUCUGUGGAGGAGGAGGGGGUUACCUCACUCUUUGAAGAAGAGGUGAUGGUAACCCAAGUGAUCCCUGGAGUGGAGGGGAUACCUUCUGGGGAGGAAACUACUGUGGAGAUGGAGUUAUCCACCGAAAUUGAGAAUCAAACAGCCUGGGGAACAGAGGUCUUCCCAACUGACAUAUCGCUGCUCUCAGUGAGCCCAUCUGCUUUUCCUCCAGCUACCGUACUACCAGAGGAAACAAGUACCAAUGCUUCCAUCACCGAAGUGUCAGUGUCAGGAGAGAUCCCUGAAUCCGGAGAGCACCAAGUCAGUGGUGAAUCUUCAGCAUCAGGGUGGGUAUCUGGAGCCCCAGAUACAAGCGGAGAACCAACUUCUGGAGGUUUUGAGCUUAGUGGAGAACACUCAGGGAUUGGAGAAAGUGGAUUACCAUCUGUAGACCUGCAUACCAGUGGCUUUGUACCUGGAGAAAGUGGCCUGCCCUCCGGGGACCUGAGUGGCUUGCCUUCUGGCACUGUUGAUAUCAGUGGCUUACCUUCUGCAGAGGAAGAUAUAAUCGUGUCUGCUUCCAGGAUACCAGACAUUAGCGGGAUGCCUUCUGGAGCUGAAAGCAGCGGGCUGCAUUCUGGCUUUAGCGGAGAAAUCUCCGGUACUGAACUCAUCAGCGGCCUGCCGUCUGGAGAGGAAAGCGGGCUCGCCUCUGGCUUUCCUACCGUCUCUCUUGUGGACUCCACCUUGGUGGAAGUUGUAACAACGGCACCAGGACGGCAAGAGGAGGGAAAAGGAUCGAUUGGAGUCAGUGGUGAAGGAGAGCUAUCAGGGUUUCCAUCUGCUGAGUGGGACACCAGUGGAGGAGCCAGGGGGUUGCCCUCAGGAGCUGAAACCAGCGGAGAGCCCUCAGGGCUGCCUGAGCUCAGCGGGGAGCCCUCAGGGGUGCCUGAGCACAGCGGGGAACCUUUUGGGGUGCCUGAGCUCAGCGGGGAGCCCUCUGGGGUGCCUGAGCUCAGCGGGUUCCCCUCGGGGCUGGAUGUCAGCAGAGAACCUUCUGGAGUACCUGAGGUGAGCGGUGUGGUGGACCUCAGCGGCCUUACUUCUGGUGGUGAUGGAAGCGGUGAGGCCUCAGGCGUUACCUUCAUAAAUGCCAGCUUGGAGGAGGUGACAACCCCUUCACCCGCAGAAGCAGAAGCGAAAGAGAUUUUGGAGAUCAGUGGAUUGCCCUCAGGAGGUGGGGAGACAUCAGGCAUGGCGUCUGGGGGGUUGGAGCUCAGUGGCCAGCCCUCGGGACACAUGGACUUUGGUGGGAGUGUUUCUGGGGUGCUCGAGAUGAGCGGACUUCCAAGCGGGGUCAUCGACGGCAGCGGAGAAGUCUCUGGUGUGGAUGUCAGCAGCGGCCUGCCUUCUGGAGAGGAAAGUGGACUCCCCUCUGGCUUUCCUACAGUCUCUCUUGUGGAUACCACUUUGGUAGAAGUUGUAACGCAGGCAUCGGUUGCACAAGAAGUGGGAGAAGGGCCGUCUGGGGUGAUGGAGAUCAGUGGAUUUCCUUCUGGAGACAGAGGACUAUCUGGAGAAGGGUCCGGAGCCGUGGAGUCUAGUGGGUUUCCUUCAGGGACGGGAGACUUCAGUGGAGAGCCAUCUGGGGUCCCGUAUUUCAGUGGAGACAUUUCUGGAGCUACGGAUAUAAGUGGACAAUCUUCAGCAGUGACUGAUAUCAGCGGGGAGGUCUCAGGACUUCCAGAAGUCACUUUAGUCACUUCUGAUUUACUAGAAGUUGUGACGAGACCAACAGUUUCACAGGAACUGGGUGGGGAAGCAGCUGUCACCUUCCCCUAUGGUUUUGGGCCAAGCGGUGAGGCCUCUGCAUCUGGCGAACUCAGUGGGGAAACAUCUGCGCUGCCAGAAAGUGGCAUAGAAGCAUCAACAGUUUAUGAAACCAGCGGGGAAACAUCUGCAUAUCCCGAGGUGACUGUAGAGACAUCCACGAUUCAAGAAAUCAGUGGGGAAACAUCUGCAUAUCCUGAGGUCAGUGUAGAAACAUCCACGAUUCAAGAAAUCAGUGGGGAAACGUCUGCAUAUCCUGAGAUUAGUGUAGAGACAUCCACAAUUCAAGAAAUCAGUGGGGAAACAUCUGCGUUUCCUGAAAUUAGCCUAGAAACAUCCACAAUUCAGGAAGUAAGUGGAGAAACAUCUGCAUUUCCCGAAAUAAGCAUAGAAACAUCAACAAGGCAAGAAGCCCGGGGUGAAACAUCUGCUUACCCUGAGAUUAUCAUAGAGACAUCCACGAUUCAGGAAGUCAGCGGGGAAACGUCUGCCUUUCCUGAAAUCAGCACUGAAACAUCCACCAUUCAAGAAAUCAGUGGGGAAAGUUCUGCCUUUCCUGAAAUUAGAAUAGAAACGUCCACAGUUCAAGAAAUUAGUGGGGAAAGCUCUGCCUUUCCUGAAAUUAGAAUAGAAACAUCCACAAGUCAAGAAGCCCGGGGUGAAACAUCUGGCUUCCCUGAGAUUAGCAUAGAAGCCUCCACUGUUCAUGAAACCAGUGGAGAAACAUCUGCCUUUCCUGAAAUUACCAUAGAGGCCUCCACAGUCCAUGAAACCAGUGGAGAAACAUCUGCCUUUCCUGAAAUUAGCAUAGAGACAUCCACAGUCCAUGAAAUUAGUGGGGAAAGCUCUGCCUUUCCUGAAAUUAGAAUAGAAACAUCCACAAGUCAAGAAGCAAGGGGUGAAACAUCUGGUUUUCCUGAGAUUAGCAUAGAAGCCUCCACGGUCCAUGAAACCAGUGGGGAAGCAUCUGCAUUGCCUGAAAUUAGCAUCGAAACUUCGACAGUUCGUGAAAUCAGUGGAGAGACGUCUGCAUUUCCCGAAAUCAGCAUAGAAACUUCGACAGUCCACGAAAUCAGUGGCGAAACAUCUGCAUUUCCUGAUAUUAGUGUAGAAACUUCGACAGUCCAUGAAAUUAGUGGUGAGACGUCUGCGUAUCCUGAAAUUAGAAUAGAAACGUCCACAAGUCAAGAAGCCCGGGGUGAAACAUCUGGCUUUCCUGAGAUUAGCAUAGAAACGUCCACUGUUCAUGAAACCAGCGGGGAAACAUCUGCAUUUCCCGAAAUUAGCACAGAAACGUCAACAAGACAAGAAGCCCGGGGUGAAACCUCUGCCUAUCCUGAAAUUAGCAUGGAAACAUCCACCAUUCAAGAAGUAAGUGGGGAAAGCUCUGCCUUUCCUGAAAUUAGAAUAGAAACACCCACAAGUCAAGAAGCCCGGGGUGAAACCUCUGCCUAUCCUGAGAUCAGCAUAGAAGCCUCCACUGCCCAUGAAAGCAGUGGGGAAACAUCUGCAUUGCCUGCUGUUAACAUGGAAACUGCUGCCACAUCUCUGGCCAGUGGUGAGCCCUCCGGUGCUCCUGAGGGGAAGGAAAUCCAUGAUGAAACGUCGGGAGCUGCGACACACUCAGUCACAGGCGUUUCGGGGGAAACCUCUGUCCCAGACGUUGUAAUUAGUACCAGCACUCCAGAUGUUGAGCUAACUCAGGGACCCAGGAGCCCUGAGGAGGCUCAGCUCGAAAUAGAGCCCUCCACUCCUGCGGCAUCAGGACAAGAGACAGAAACAGCCGCUGUCCUGGACAACCCCACUCUGCCAGCCACCGCUACUGCUGCUCUGCCUCAAGCCUCACAAGAAGCCAUCGAUGCAUUAGGACCCACCACAGAAGACUCUGAUGAGUGCCACUCAAGCCCCUGUCUGAACGGAGCCACCUGCGUUGAUGGCAUCGACUCUUUCAAAUGCUUAUGCCUUCCCAGCUACGGAGGGGACCUGUGUGAGAUCGACCUGCAGAACUGCGAGGACGGCUGGACCAAGUUCCAGGGCCACUGCUACCGGCACUUCGAGGAGAGGGAGACGUGGAUGGACGCGGAGACCAGGUGCCGAGAACAUCAAGCCCACCUGAGCAGCAUCAUCACCCCGGAGGAGCAGGAAUUUGUGAACAGCCAUGCACAGGACUACCAGUGGAUCGGGCUCAGCGACAGAGCCGUGGAGAACGAUUUCCGCUGGUCCGACGGGCACUCGCUGCAAUUUGAGAACUGGCGGCCCAACCAACCCGAUAACUUCUUCUCCGCGGGUGAGGACUGCGUUGUGAUGAUCUGGCACGAGCAAGGCGAAUGGAACGACGUCCCCUGCAACUACCACCUGCCCUUCACGUGCAAGAAAGGAACAGUUGCCUGUGGGGAUCCCCCCGUGGUGGAGAACGCCAGGACCUUCGGCCGGAGGAAGGACCGCUACGAAAUCAACUCCCUGGUGCGGUACCAGUGCGACCAGGGCUACAUCCAGCGCCACGUGCCCACCAUCCGCUGCCAGCCCAACGGGCAGUGGGAGGAGCCGCGGAUAUCCUGCAUAAACCCCUCCAGCUACCAGCGCAGGCUAUACAAGAGGAGCCCCCGGAGCCGGUCGAGACCCAGCGGCAGCGCCGUGCACAGACCCACCCAUUAGAGAGGGGCGAGAGACACCGAGGGGCAAACAGAGAGAGAAAGAGAUUUUUACAGAACAGUUAUAUUAACAGAGUCGAUUUCUUCUUCUUCUUGUUGCUUUUUGUCAUAUAAGGAAAAAAAAAAAUUAUAUUAAAGACAAACCCACCUUUGUGUAUAUAUAUAAAAGAAAAAAAAAAAUAAUUAAUGUUUUUCCAAGCACCAAAGCAAAGCGAA